CACUGGGAUAUUGUUGCUGCUGUUGUCAGAGAUGUGAAGCGACAAUAAGGAGCAGAUGAAAAUACCCAUGCGUGCUCGUGGACAUAUAUUUCUACAUUUUUGCAGUAUUACAUCCAGCAGCUCUGUGUGGUAGAGACCAGUUGAAGUUGGCUUCCUGCCUGUUGAGAUGUGCCAAUAGGAAACACUGUGAACAGGGGUUCAUGCUGAUGAAAUUGAUCUGCUCAGUGAGCUCCAACCAGAGCCAUGGGGAGUACCCAGACUGCCGGAGUGAGAGGGAGUCAGGAGGGGAGGCGUCUCUCCUGGUGUCUCCGCUGGUGGUGGCAGGGAUCGUUAUAGGUCUGGUCCUUUUCCUCUCCUGCAUCACCAUCAUCGUUGGCAGCCUGCGCAAGGACAGUCGACUCCGAAACCCACACCUCAGGGCAAGCUAUGGGCUUGACGGUUUUUCUUAUGGGGGUUCAGUGGGAGAACUGAGAUCUACCUGCUUAGAAGACUUUCCUCCUGGUUUGGACUUUGAUUCAUUCAGAGAGACUCUGUCGCAGGUCAACAACUUGUACCCUGACUCACCGCCACGGUACGAUGAAUGCGUUGGCCCUGGUUCAGCCCAGAUCUACAUACCUACAGAUGACCCGCCCCCUUACUCUUUAUUGGACCCCUGUCAGAGAGGACCAGAGCAAGAGGAGCAGCCCAGCUACAGCACCCUGGAUCCUUCUCCGUACUGUGGAGAGACCUCAGCCAGCGCUGCCUGGUUCUCCCCCUCCCACUACCCGCUGGGAUUUCCACAGCAGGAGCAUCAACACAUCGCAUCCAUCUCCUUCCCGCUGGAAGCAGCGCCGCCUUAUGAGUCAGUGUUGGCCGAGCAGGGACAGCCCCUCCCUCUCAUGCCAUGUGACCUUUAUAAACACCAAUCAGAGGGUGGGGAUGACGGCAACUCUCAGCCACCAGGGACAAACCAGAUCUUGUAGGACAGUUAAUUUGUGUUUUUCACCUGCGCCAUUGGUUGUCCCUAGUUGAAUCAAACAAACACUUGUGAUGUGGGGCACAAAGUGGCUGUUAGGAGCAUCUGUGACACAAAACAGUGGACACUAAAUGAGAUGUUCACAUCUUCCACACAGUUUGUAACAUCUCAGUGGACUGAAAAGCAGCCAGGACUCCAGUUUUCAACAAUUUACCCACAGCUUGUUCCCUCACAAAAAAAAAGAAAAAAAAGAAAAGAACAAAAAAGAAAAAACACUCACUGAUUGUGUCGUACUGUAAAGUUCCUGGAAUGACAACUUCUUCUCUGGUUGUUCCAAAUGAUCCUCCCUGAGAAAAAAGACUUUCUUCAGUUUAGAAAUAAGACCAUUGUCCACUUUAUUUUUUCCAUAAUUUGACUGUUAAUCUCUCUUUCCUGAAUUCAUGUGGCAUAUUUGGAGUUGAGGCUGAAUUGCUGCUUAAAAAGGAAACAUCCAGUCAUCACGUUAUAGAAGACUGAAAAGUGACUGUCUGUAGGAGAGACUGACUUUAGAUAAUAUUGAUGUGAUAUAAAGUUGUGUAGUAAAAGGUAAACACAAGCACACAGAGUACACUCCCACCUUUAUCCAGCCUCUGUUGUGUGCUGUAGCUUCCAGUGUGGCGGUACUAUCCUAAUGACUGAUGAAAGCGUAUGACUCAAAUCUAAUAAGGGAACUAUUGAGAGAUGAGCAGUGAAGCAUCAACACUCCAACCUUUCCACUCACGUCUGUUGUGUAUCUGUCAUUAACAGAGAGGUGGUUUUAACUUGUCCACUGUUGUCAUAAAUCUUUCUAUUAAGGGCUCUGGUUUUACUAAUAGAAGUUCUGUAACUGGACCCAAGCAGCAAACUGUAGCUCCAAACCCUCCUCCUGAUGAGAGGGGAGGAUGAUGCAACAAAAAAGCCACACAUUAAACUGUAGAACUAAACACACU